AUGGAGCGGAUCUGCUUGGGUGGCAGCAAACCUUGGGGAACCAAGACGAAGCAUUCAACAAUGCUUCGAACCGUCCUCUUUCUCGGCAUAUUAGCUACAGUAAGUCUAGCCAAUUCGUUGCAAGGGCAGAAAGGAAUUCCCUUCCUCUCUGAAGCUUCGAAAAAGCAUAAGCGUGAAUUUUCGAGGAUCGUCAAGAAUAAACAUUUGACGAAAGGCGAAGUGAAGGCUAAAACCGAACAAUGGGCAGCUACUAUUGGAGGAUUGGUUGAGAACCUUUAUAAGCAAUUUGUCGAGGAUAUGGGAAAAUGGAAAGAAGAGGUCGCCCAGAAUCGAACGGCCCUCCUCAACACGAUCCCAGGAGAAUUUGAGAAACUUCAAAACAUGUACGAUGAUAUGAAUAUCACCAAGGGACAGGAGAGGAAAAUGGUCAAGCAAUAUCUCAAAGGGCUGAAGCGGAGCAACCGUAACCUCCACCGUGUGAUGCGUGCCUUUUCUAAGAUGAAGUUUGACUGGCGGCCAAGAGUCGGAAAGCUGGGACGUCGCUGGAUUAUGUCCCCGGCCAAGAAGCUUCAACAAGAUAUUCCGGAUAACGAGCCCGAGCUGACUGCCGAAGAAAUUGUCCCCGACGACGAGGUGAUUGAGGCGCUAUUUUGC